UCAUCAGCCGACGUUGUUAUGUUGAACCAAGCCUGGAAACUAUUUGUUCACUAAAAGUUCUUCCUGUGGCACGUCCACCGUGAGCUAUGUGAAUUUACGUUUCUUGAGUUCAUUCAUUUCCUAACAUGGCCGCCUUGUGGCUGUUGAAGAGGUGGUGCUCAACGGCAGCUACAGUGACAACCAAGGGCACAAGAUGGCAAAGAUUACUAAACAGUCGUGCAGGUGUGUGGUGCCAUAGUCUUGUGGGUGAUUAUAAGGAGGCUUGUCGAGAGGUUGUGUUGGGGGCACGGGAGCGACCCCUCAAGGCCUCUGUCUACCUUAGUCUUCUGGGAGGAAUGUAUGCCUGUUUUUACACCAACCCUGACGAUGCCUCCUUUGAGACCAGCCUACUAGAAACUUCCAACCGUCUGGCUCCCCUGUCACCAUGGAUACGCAGUGGCACCUCAGAUGGACAUGUCCAAAGCCUGGUGAAACUGCGAAACGAGGGCAGGCUACGCUACGCCAGUCUUGGCAUUGCCUCUUUGACUUAUUACACCAACUACGACCAUGACUCCAGCCUGUAUGAGGCACGUUGUUCAGCAAUUUCUGUACCCUGGGCAGAGCUGCCCAAACGCAUUCUGGAUGUGGGCUUUGCAGGACGUUGGUGGAUGCUUGAUCAUAAAAUGAAGGAUUAUGAUAUAAAUGAGGAGGAGUUUAAACAUUUGCCCUCUGCUAUGGUGGCUACAGUUCCUCCUCCUCCCCAGAUAACUGAAAGGAAUGAGAGGCUGCAUCAAGAAUCGUGGAAAGCAGUGGUGAUGGAGGAUGAGAGCAGUGCAUCAGACAGUGUACAGAAAGAGGUUGACACAUCUGUUUAAUUUAAGGAGAUGGGCUGACUUUUUGAUGAACACGUUGACUAUUAUGGUGUGCCCCACCUAUGAACCCAGAGAACAUGCUUGCAAGAUGUAUCUGUGUUGUUAAGAGAUGAACAGUAAAGAAUAUGCCAGCAGGAAUCAUUGUUGUAGUGUUUUAAUAGAAGUAAGCACCAUUUGUAAUUACUAUUUAAAUUGUGCUGGUACUUUUACUGCUAAAGAUGUUCAAAUAUGCAUUGAUCAUAAAUCCAUUAAACUAAAUGUAGUGGAUGUUAUUGGGAGGAUGCCCUAACUGCACAACCCUUACUAAUUUCUAACUAAUUAAAGGGAUAGUUCACCCAAAAAUAAAACAUUCUCCCAUGAUUUACUCACUCUCAUGCCAACACAGAUGUGUAUGACUUUCUUUUUUCUGCUGAACACAAAUUAAGAUUUUUAGAAGAAUUUUUCUGCUCUGUAGGUCCAUUCAAUACAAGUGAAUGGUGACCAGGACUCAGACGGUCCAAAAAGCACAAAGGCUGCAUAAAAGCAAUCCAUUUCCUAAAGUAAUCCAGACUCCACUGGCUAAAUUCAUGUCAUCAGAAGCUAUAGUUUUAGGUGGGAAACAGUUCAAUAUUUAAGUCCUUAUUUACUAUAAAUCUCCACUUUGUCUUAUAUAUUCUUCUUUUGUUUUUUCGUCAUUCACAUUCUUCAUGCAUAUCACCACCUACAGGUCGGGGCUGUUCAAAGAGGGAAAUUUAUAAUAAAAAAGGACUUAAAUAUUGAUCUGUUUUUCAACCACACCUAUCAGACAUGGAUGAUCAGAUGACAUGGAUGUAACCACUGGAGUCUUAUUUAUUGCUUUUGUGCUGCCUUUAUGUGCUUUUUGGAGCUUCAAAGUUUUGGUCACCUUUCACUUGCAUUGUAGAUCUACAGAGCUGAGAUAUUCUUCUAAAAUUCUUGUGUCCUGCAACAGAAAAUAAAAACUCAUUUGGGAUGGUAUGAGGGUGAGUAAAUGAUACAUUAUAAUUUUAGGACAAGCUAUUCCUUUAAACACGUAAUACUGAUACUUUUCUUUUAGGUUAAGAUUUUUGACAUCAAUUCCUCAUCUGUCAGAAAGACAUUACCCUCAUUUUUCUUUCUGGUAUUGUGAGUUAGAAUGCUUAUUGUAACAAUGGGAUAAACACGGUAUAUCUUGUUUACCUUAAUGUUCAUUUGCUGUUUUGUGUUGAUUGACUGUUUUGUUAGAAAAGUUUAGUUUACAUAUCUCAAUGGUAGAGAUGUGUCAGACGCAUAAUGCAUUUUCUCUGUAAAGCAGAGCAUUCCAGUUUCUAAGUAAAUAACGAUUGAUGGUUUUUGCUGCCUCUCAAAAAGACUUUAUUUCAUUAUUUCCAUUAAUCGCAUUACCUUUGAAUGGCCUACUAUAUCAAUGGGGAACUUUGAUUCAUUUCAAGGGAAAUCCUCUUUCAGAUUAAUCUUUUUACUCUUCCUUGCUCUCCUCUCUCUGAUUGGUCUUCCUCCAUUAAUCUCUUGCUCUCUUCCCCAUGCAGUCCUUUCUAAGAUGGUUGGUAUUGAUUCGCCGGCUCAUGGAGCUGCAUUCGGGUCAUUUUUCUGAUUGGUAUCUUAGCUCCUGGAGAGUGUCGUUCAUUCUGAUCAUGCAGGACUCUCGCAAUUAAGAAUGUGAACACUGUGUGAUUGCUUCUGAGCUUUAGUAAGUGCAGUUAACCCGUUCGUGUCAGGUAAUACCAGGGCAAGUAUCAUAUUCUCUUUUAAAGGAAAAAUGAUUGAAGUAAAGAGUUGUAUGCACUUGAUGAAGAGCACUUAGGAUGCACUAAUGAAUGUGUAGGAGCCCAUUUGUAGAUGUUUCAAAUAGUGUAAUAGCAGCAGACUGAAAAUGCUUAUCUCCAUGUAACUUAACCUCUCUACAUAACUGCUGUGGUCAAUGUUGAAAUAAUAGUGUAAUUAGUGUGCAUUUACAAACUGCCUGACUGAAAUAUUGCAUGUCACUCGAGAUAGUAUUAAUGAGUGAAGACCUCUGGCUUGAUUCAGGCAAAUGCUGAGCCAUCUGAAAUCAUAAUGUUCCCCUUUUAACUUAAAUUUCUCUACUGUUUCAAACGAGUCUCACUGUUGCAUAUUGAAAUGGUCACUUAACUUUAUCACACCGCUGUUAUCCAAUCACUAAAGAUGUUCAGCUGGUCGGAGGAUGUUGUUUUAGCCUCUGGCACCAGUAUCUGAUGUGCCUCUAUACUCGUAAUGUACUGAAGCACUCUGCCUGUCCAUCAGAGUGUCCACUGGGAACCAGACAUUGCUUGAUUGCAAAAGUGGAGGAGCUUUUCUAACAAUAUACUGCUCUCCACAAGACACACUCAACUCAGACACCACUGCAGCGUCCCAGUGCAUUUCAAGUGCUGUCCCGAGCCUUUUUCAUGGACUUCAAGCUCACUGAUCUGAGAUAACUAGGCAGUAGAAAGCAAUGGAGUGGAAGUGCACCAUGGAUUUUCAGGUAGUGUUGCCUUGUUUGCUUUUUACAAAGGCAAGAUGAUGAGAAAGAUGGUAAAACUGGUACUUUUCUAUUUUGCAUUUGUUUUGCCCUUAUGUUUCAUGGUUUGAUGUAUUUUAUUUCACUGCAUGCAAUUGAAAGUCAAAGUUACAGUGAGGGUUCACCCAAGAAUAUUGUUGUCAUUUACUAAUGCUCAUGUGGUUCCAACCCCAUCUGAUUUUUUCUUCCAUGGAGCAUAAAAGGAGAAAUUUUGAAGAAUGAUGACACUGCUUGUUUCCCCAUACAAUGAAAGUGAAUGGUGACUAAGGAUGUCAGUCUUUCAAGGAAUAAUACCGGUUCAGAACAAGUUAAGCGCAAUAAAAAGCAUUUGUACCAUAGUGUUGAUUACUACAAAACCUAAUUUAAAUGUAU